GUCUGAGCCACAGCCUUCAGAACAUCAACACAUGACGUCACCUCGUGCCAGCGAUGACGAUCUAGAUGACGAUUGUGAGGAUGACGUCAUUUUGGACAUUGAUGACUCUUUUCAAACUGACGACACCAAUGGAGUAGCAGCCUGUGACAAUACUCAUGACGUCAACAAGAAGUCGUCUGCAGCCACCAGCAGACGGCUGCUCAGGACGCCCAAGUGCGCACGCUGCCGUAACCACGGGGUCGUGUCGUGUCUGAAGGGCCACAAGCGCUACUGUCGGUGGCGGGACUGUCAGUGUGCCAAUUGUCUGCUGGUCGUAGAGCGACAGAGGAUUAUGGCGGCACAGGUGGCGCUCAGAAGACACCAGGCCAGCGAGAUGACCUCUGCCCUGAAGGCCAAGGUCAAGUCAGCAGCCACGUUGUUACAACAGAGGAAAAUGUUACAGCGUAACCUGCGCAGUCUCCAGCAGCACUCGCUGUCUCGCGAGAUCUUGUCCAAUUAUCGCUCUCGUCUUCACGCUCUGCCCCCACCGGAUGUUGUCAAAUCGAUGUCUCCAUUUGUCAACGAGCGCAUGCGCAAACGCCGCUGUUUCGCCGACAAGGAACUGGAGAUGGUCAUGCUGGAGCGCGAGCGGCGGACGGAGCUGACCAAUCAGCAGCUCGCCUUACACCGCGGUGCAUUGUUGGGCUUGCCGGGACAAAAGCCACACAUUGAUCUGGCCAAGUCACGAGCGUUGCUAGGCAACACGACACCAAGAGACUUCCUGCAGCGGGUGUUCCCCGCCCACAACCCGCGCCUGCUGGAGUUGGUGUGGCAGGGUUGUGGGGGGGACUUGGAGCGGGCCAUCGAGCAGCUGGCCGUGGGACUGAGGGCCAACUUCCUGCCCCAGGCUCGACCACCAGUGGCCCCCACUGCCGUGACGUCAGCGUUGUCUUCUCCCCUGCUGGACCCUGUCCACAUCUCCAAGCUGUUCACCAUGUACCCCCUCGUCUUCCCCGCCCCUUUCAUCAUGCCACGCCCACCCCCAAGCGAGACUGACCAACCGUCUGAUGACGUCACAAACCCACCCCCGCACGAGGCCAGUGACGACGAGACGUCCCCCUCCCAGCCCGAGGGUCGUGCAUUGACCUCACCCGCCACCAACUCACCCCCACCUCCGGGAACACCUCGAGCAGAUGUCACCUACCUGAAGAUGUCACCUGAUGCCAGAAUGUCAUCAGGCAUGUCAUUUGGCUUGUCAUCCCCGUACCACGUGGUAGGGACGUCACGUGUCUUCCCACAGUCUCAGCACUUCCUGCCUUCUGAAGCCAGACCCGCACACUUUGUCCCCACACACCACAGUCCCACACACAAUCUCACACACGGGCCCACACACCCCACACAACAUACUCCGCCACACCACGAUCCCCUAUAUCACAGCCACACACAGAAAGUUCUUCCUCACAGCCCCACACAUCACGCUCCCCCACACAGCCCCACACACCCCCCACCACUUAAUUUAUCGUCCGUGACAAACAAAGGAGCGGAAGCUGAGAGAGCAGUGACGUCAUCCGGUCCACAUGUUGAUGAAAGAAGGACCGCUAUGACGUCACCGCCAACAAAAAAAUCUUUCCUAAACUUUUCGGUGGAUGCUAUAAUGAGCCGAACAUAAUGAGCCGGAAAUAAUGAGCAGGACAUAAUGAGCAGGACAUA